AUGAGCAUUCAAACUGUCGCGAAGAAAACUCUCUUCGUAAAAGCACUUUUCGACUACGAUGCUACUCUUGACUCCGGAUUGCCUUCAAAGGGACUCAGCUUCAAGUACGGUGAUAUCAUCCACGUGACGAAUGCGACCGACCCCGAAUGGUGGCAAGCUCAGAUCGUCUGCACAAACAGCGCAGAAGAUGAGCAAGCCUUGGCAGACAGCUCUGACGCUAGCGGGAUCAUCCCAUCUAAACACAGAGUGAUGCGCAAAGAGCGAAAAAGGAUAAACCAAGUGAAAUUCAACUCGACCCCAAAGUCGCUUGAGUUCUGUGAACAGCUUCCGCCCAACGAAACGACACUCCACGCGCAAAACGGCAAAAGGAAAAAGAAACCGAAAACGAAGCUAAGGAUGACGCGCAAGUUUCCCUUCAUGAAGAGCGUCGACAAUGUUGCGGCGCUGACGGAAUCGACUAGUUUGGAAAUACAGAAAGAGGCACAAGAAACGACGCAAUCGCUAAACUCAACAGAUCAGCAAGAUGAAUGGAUUCUUUCUUACGAGCCUGUCACCAAGCAAAGCAUCGACUACGUGCGUCCGAUCGUCAUCCUCGGUCCGAUGAAAGACAGGAUUAUGGAGGACUUAAUUCAAGAUCGUCCGCAGAAAUUCGGCGUCUGCAUUCCCCACACUACGAGAGCACCACGAGCGAACGAGGUUAACGGCGCGGUGGGAAGCUACUACUUUAUCGGAAAGGAGGAAAUGAAGCGCCAGAAAGAUUUAGGGCUCUUUUUCGAAGUCGGAAUCCACAACGAUAACCUCUACGGGACUUCAAUCAAUUCCGUGAAGGCGGUUUCGAGCAAAGGGCUUCACUGCGUUCUCGACGUCCGGGGAGACGCCAUUCCAGAGCUGCAGAAAAAGAGCAUGUACCCAAUCGCAAUUUACAUCAAGCCAAAACUCGCCUACCGCCGGGGCAUGAACGUCCUGGACGAGAAGAUAGCAUGGCUACAAGAGCUGAAUAAAAGACUAACACAGGACACAUGUAUCAAAAUCAUCCAGCAAGGCGAGCGGGUCUCAGCCGAAUUCGCCGAUUGCUUCACCGCUUCAGUGACGGGUGACACCAUCGAGGAGAUUGAGGACGCCGUUCUUCACGUGAUCAAGCUCCACGGAGGGAGCGAGCCUUGGCUGCCCAGUGGCGAAGUUAUUCCCUGA